AGAGAUGGAUUUGGAAUCUGUCAAAGUUAUGGAGAAUUGGCGAUCGGAGAAAGCUAAUGAGACUGAGACGAAUAAGAAUAAGAGGAGGAAGAAGAAGAAGAAGAAGAAGAACAAUGUCAGAAACAGUGAGUGUGAAGAAUCUAAUGGGUUUUGGGUCAAAUUUAGGUUUAUGGUUUGUUGCGUGCCUUCUACAUCAGAUGUUGAUAGCUCUCUCAGUCUCUCUUCCAGCACUGUGGGAAGUAAGUCCGCAACUGUGAAAUCAAAUGAUCAACCGGUUGGACCAGUUUCUUCUACAACUACAACUAGCAAUGCAGAAAGCUCUUUGUCCACUCCUAUGAUAAGUGAAGAACUUAAGAUCUAUUCUCACCUCAAGAAGUUUACUUUCAUUGAUCUCAAGCUUGCAACUAGAAAUUUCAGACCCGAAAGUCUUCUUGGUGAAGGUGGUUUUGGUUGUGUCUUUAAAGGAUGGGUUGAGGAGAACGGGACUGCUCCUGUUAAGCCUGGCACUGGCCUCACUGUCGCUGUCAAAACCUUAAAUCCUGAUGGACUUCAGGGUCAUAAAGAGUGGCUUGCUGAGAUUAAUUAUCUUGGCAAUCUUCUCCAUCCCAAUCUUGUUAAACUGGUAGGUUAUUGUAUCGAAGAUGAUCAAAGGCUGCUGGUUUAUGAGUUUAUGCCCCGAGGAAGUUUGGAGAAUCACCUUUUCAGAAGGUCGUUGCCUCUUCCAUGGUCAAUUCGGAUGAAGAUUGCAUUAGGUGCUGCAAAGGGUCUCAGUUUCCUUCAUGAAGAAGCUCUAAAGCCGGUCAUUUAUCGAGAUUUCAAAACCUCAAAUAUUUUACUUGAUGCAGACUACAAUGCUAAAUUAUCAGAUUUUGGUCUUGCCAAAGAUGCUCCUGAUGAAGGCAAAACCCAUGUGUCUACUCGAGUCAUGGGCACUUAUGGUUAUGCUGCUCCUGAGUAUGUAAUGACCGGUCACUUGACAUCAAAAAGCGAUGUUUACAGUUUCGGUGUGGUUCUACUUGAAAUGCUGACUGGUAGAAGAUCUAUGGACAAAAACCGACCAAAUGGUGAACACAACCUUGUUGAAUGGGCGAGACCACAUCUCCUGGACAAAAGAAGAUUCUACAGGUUACUUGAUCCGAGGCUUGAGGGUCAUUUCUCGGUGAAAGGAGCUCAAAAAGUGACACAGCUUGCAGCAAAAUGCCUUAGCCGUGACCCCAAAAUAAGACCGAAAAUGAGUGAAGUGGUGGAAAUCCUAAAGCCUCUCCCACAUCUCAAGGACAUGGCUAGCACGUCUUACUACUUCCAGACUAUGCAAGCUGAACGUUUGAAAUCUGUGUCAGGGUCAGGGUCAGGUCGUGGAUUCGGGUCAAGAAAUGGGCAACCUGUGUUUCGAACUCUGUCUAGUCCUCAUGGUCAAGCUGGUUCCUCCCCUUAUCGUCAUCAGAUUCCAUCUCCUAAGCCUAAAGGUGCAACUACUUAGAUUUUGCACUUUCCUGUGACG